CCAGGAAGUUAAAGCUAACUGCAGGGGAUGAGUCACCAUGGUUACUCCUCCGGUAUCAGACGUGUAUGGAGACACUCAGCUUCAAUGCAACCCAUUUGAGGUUUAGGUCAUCACUAAUAUUUACUCGUUUCAUCUCGGUUCCGCUUUGAGUCGUUUCGGUGCGCGUUAAAAAAACUUCGCAGCCUACUUAUUAUAGCCUAGCCUAGCCCAGCCGCUAACAAAGAGAAGAAGAAGAAAGGGAUUGCCGAGCAAGCAAACGUUCAUCUUGCGACCUGCCCUUCCUGAAACCCCAAAAUGCUUCGGAGAAUGUAAACAAACCAAGAGGCAUGACAGCUAGCCAACACGCUAACCCAAACAGAGUGAUGUUUCAAAGUCUUUGAAGCGGAAAAUCACACUUAACUAGCCCAGAUCGUUUCACAUGAGGACUGGGUUGUCGAUUGUCUAAGGUGAUCGGCAAACCGCCCGGCGGAGAGCAAUUUACAGCUCGUUCCCGUGCUAAUACGGACAGAGGAGCUCGCCGACGAAGCAGCUGGACAAUGACCGCUGAACAUUUACAUGCCAGUCCAAUCAAACAUCUGGUUGAGAGUGGAAGAGAGGAGCCAAUCAAUGCAGCCAAGGAUACAUCAUCCUCUGAUCUCAACUCCAUUGCCACCCAGUCAGGAGGAUCUGGACGACAAUGAAAGUGAGACCAGAAUGUACGACACCGCAGGUUGGCCGCCCAAUAAUAAAAACGGAAAUUAGGCAAAGCCAAGCCACCGGCAGCCCUCGUCUUUUGUAAGUGGGUUUUAUUAAGACGAGCCCUUUUUCCUUUCCAAAUAUAAGAUGAGAUAAUCGAGUCAAGAUGAUCGAAAAAGGUUUUGGGAAUAAAAAUUGGUAGCGCCUGAAAUAAGUACAAGAAUUUUGGUAAAAUUGUCAUUUUAAUGGAAUUUAUUCGCCCAAUGAGAGACAUGGAGAGUGGUGACCAUUGUGUGAGUGUUUGUUUGGUUUGAGUUAUUAGGUUUAAAAAGUUCUCUUUAAAAAGGUCUUUGUGCUUCUGGGUCAUCGUGAUGCCUAAAUAAGAAACUUUGUGAGUUUCAAUUUUAAAUGGUAAAUGGUGUUGAAAGUUGGUAAAGUCUGAAGCAGACAUAAUAUUGCCAAUUGGAAACAGCUCACUUUUUUCAAAGUUAAUUUUAUACCCAGAUAGUUGACUGAAGUUAUUAACCCUUGAGAGUCGAAGGACGCGCCGGCGCGUCCUCAGCGCACGUAGUCUUUGAAGCGCCCUCACGUUUUAAUUACGUCACCCACAUGGCGUUGGUUGGUCUCGUUUUAAAGUGCGGAAGUUGCGGUUUACUCUCGUUAUUAUUUGAAGUCAAUCGACCAACUAAAACGUGAGAUAUUGUCAUUUAAGUUUGAUAGUUUUAUUAUCCUCUCAAAAAAACAUUAAAACGCUGCAUGGAUCAUUUGUUUAUGUCUAUAUUUCCAUCAUUUCUUGUCCUUUUUCAAAACGGAAGCUCCAUGAAAAAAACACAAAUCAAACGAACCCUUUUGAAGUCACAGUGGAAGCACAAAAUGCGUUUUUUUUUAAUAAAUAAAACUGCCGUGCGAGGUUCCACCGAACGAGAGGGAGGAGUGUUCUGAAGCAGCGAGGUGGCGAGCGACGGCCGUUUGGAUCAAGCAGCGACUUGGUGUGACUUUGAGAAUGAACGGAAAACUAAAUUUAGCGCAAGCAACUGUGCUUUUUGAUCAACUUGAGGAAGAGGAUGGUCUAAAUUCGUCAUCAUCGUCUUCUUCGGAAGAGUCCUCGAGUGAAGAUAGUGAUGGAUUUGAACACGUGGGUGACGCCAUCGACGAGCAGAGUGACAAUGAAAAAUCUACAUUCACUGCCCGAAUGGAAAGAGGACGAGGGAGAAGGGGUCAUCACGGAAGAGCGAUGAGAUGUUAGCGGAGGAGAGGCUGGAGAAGUCAGCGCGGCAGAAGCCGAUCACCACUGGCUCAGCCUGCACCUGUGCCAUGGAGCACAGAGCAAGACACAGACACUGCCCCACAGUGCAGCCGGUUCACACCCCGGAGACCACCAGGACCUCAGAUGUCAGCCAAGAUCAUUGUCCGGAGCGCCAGGAGUCUGCUCGCGUCAAAGAGGAAGAGUCACCAUACAUAAAGGAGGAGCAGCAAGAGUUUGUACACAUUAAAGACGUCAGUGGAAAAUUGCUUUUUCCUGAAUAUGUUGAGCCAGACUGCCCUCCCAUUGAAAAGGAAGAAGACAUGAGAGAAAAUCCCAAUAUAAAAAUGAAGGACCCGUUUGCCUUUAAAAAGGAGGAGUCACGGUACCCUCAUGUGGCAGAGGAGAUGGUGAUGCAGAUUAAAAAAGAGGAUGAGCUGCCAUGCUUUAAUGAGGAGGCGGACAUUGCCGACCUGACCUUUAAGCCCCUGAAGAGUGAAGAUGAGGCAGGAAAAGGGUUGAAGCAUCUGAACGACGGCGGUAGCUCAACAGAUGGCCUGAUGAUGAAAUAUGACAACAAGCGCUACAAAUGCCCUCAGUGCGGGAAAGGUUUUGGUUACAAAAUGUCUUUGAAAAGGCAUCGGAGCAGUCACACUGGUGAGAAACCUUUCGCCUGCACAGCUUGUGAUAAAAAAUUCACUGAGAAGGGAGAUUUAAAAAUACACACAAGAAUACAUACCGGUGAAAAGCCUUUUGCCUGUUCGGUUUGCGGUCAAACAUUCACUCAAAGGCAACACUUAAAAAGUCACACGAGAACACAUACCGGGGAGAAACCUUUUUCCUGCUCCGUUUGUGGCCAAAGAUUUUCUUUAAAAGGAGGCCUAGAAAUACACACAAGAACGCACACUGGUGAGAAACCCUUCUUCUGCUCAUUUUGUGGCCAAAGAUUCUCGCAGAAGGGAAGCUUAGAAAUACACAUAAGAACCCACACUGGAGAAAAACCUUUCUCCUGCUCAUUUUGUGGUAAAGGAUUCCCUGCCAAGUCUGAUUUAACGAAACACACGAGAACCCACACAGGAGAAAAACCUUUUUCCUGCCCAAUUUGUGGCCAAAAAUUCACCGCGAAGCGAAACCUAGAAAUACACACGAGAACCCACACUGGUGAGAAACCCUUCUCCUGCUCAUUUUGUGGCCAAAGAUUCUCAUGGAAAGAUCAGGUUAUGAGACACGCGUGUGUGUUGGUGUGAGAAGCGGUGGACAAAGGCAAUGGUUUUGCCUGUAAUCAAUGCUGACUUCUGGUUUAGGACGAUCCAAUCCUAAUAAAUCCAAAUCCAAUAUCAUACUGAUACAUGCGGUUGUGGACUUAACAUAUUAUUGCUAAUUGUUGCCCCACUGGAUGCUUAAAUGUUGCUAACUGUAACAACUUCUCAGUUUUCCAGAUAAACAUUCGGUGAAAAAUAAAAACUAGGAGAAAGUUAUGGAAAAAGUUUUUAUAUUGCACACUAUAUUUAUUGUUAUAAUCAAAAUAGUGCAAACAUCAGUUUUGGAUCAAGUGCAAAGUGCCAAUAAAGCACUUAUACUGUCCAUAAUGUGUGUGUGUGUGUGUGUGUGUGUGUGUGUGUUGGGGGGGGUGCACAAAUCGACAGAUAGCAAAACAACCCCAAAAUGUCAUUGGACCUCCACCAUGUUUGACUAUAGGCACUGUGUUCUUUUCUUUAUAGGCCUCAUUCUUUGUUUUGGCACUGGGUGCCUUGACAGUGUGCAAGGAGUCAUGAAAUAUUGUGUCUGCGUCAGAGGUCAUGGGUAUUCCAACAGUACAUUGACCCAAAACAUACCUCAAAUAGCACCAAGAAAUGGUUGAAGACCAAUGCCAGAAAAAAGAAUGAGGCCUACAAAGAAAAGAACACAGUGCCUGUAAUAUAUUGAUAGGAUGAUCGAUGUCAUCCUAGAACGAUUGGUUCGCCUUGAGAAGCACAUCCUUAUUUGACAUCUAAUGUCUGGGUCUGGGGGAAUAUAUGUUUUGUGUUUGAUGUGUGUGGUGCAGUGCAAAGUAGCGAGAUUAAAAAGAUGUGUGCUACACGGUGUUCACCCACAACUGCCUGAGCGUUCUAAUUUUAAAGUGUAACAAAUACACAACAUGGUGUCAGAAGAGUUUCUUCCUUCUUCCAAAUGAGACACGAAGCGCUGUAAAUCUUUGUCGUAACUCUGCUGUGGUGAGGAAGAACUUUGCUGUGUGACCGAAUUUUGGCGUUAGCAUGGACCAGUUCAAGCCACCUGCACCGCUAGUGCUAACGGGCAACCUCAGUGAGAAUUGGCACCGGUGGGAGCAGCAUUUCCAGCUGUAUAUGACGGCAACCGGUGCAUGUGAAAAAAAUGAACCAGUAAAGUGCUACACAUGAUUUGUGAAGAUGCAUUAGACAUCUACAACUCGCUCGAUGUUGAAAUAGAGGAAGGGAACGGUCGGCCGGGUGAGCCUACAUUGAAGAAUAUUAUGGAUGCAUUCAGAAAGUACUGCAUAACAAAGAAAAACAUCGUGUUCGAGCGCCACCAGUUUUGGUCACUACCCAUGCCAGAAGGUGUCAACGUUGACCAGUUUGUGACGGAACUUCGCCAGAAAUGUAAAAACAGAAAAUGACAUGAUCAGAGAUAAGCUUGUGUUUACUGUGCCUGAUGUUCAUGUGAAGGAGCGACUAUUAAGAGAAAUGGACUUGACUUUGGAUAAAGCAGUCGAUAUUUGCAGAGCAGCAGAAGUUGCUAGGUAGCAGAUGCGUGCCAUGCGUUCAGCUCAACCUGAAGCAUCCGUGGAGGCUCUUCACAAGGUGGCAGCUAGCUCUGAGAAGGGGAGAGUCGGCAUGAAAAGACAAGACCACCAGAAAAAUCAAGGGCACAAGCAGCGAGCGGUAACCUCGUCAAUGUCCAGCGUUUGGCGUCCUAUGCCACAACUGUAAUAAGAAGAACCACUACGCGAAGGUGUGUUCAUGCACACAAAACAGAGGAGCCACUGUCAGAGGCGUGCAUGAUCUUGAAGUGAAGUCCUUGUUCAUAGGAACAAUGUCCUGUGCUCCACCCAAAAGCAAGCACCAGGACAAUGCGUGGUACAUAACAGCCAACAUUAAAAACACAGAGGUGAGGUUUACAUUGGACACUGGGGCGGAUGCCAAUGUGUGUGUCUCAGCAUUUUGCAGAAGAUUCCAGGCCCUCAUAAGCUACAGCCCACCCGUGUAGCUCUCGUGGCUUAUUCUGAAGCCAGAAGGCUUACCUGUGAUGUGGCCAGGACAAAGACAGAUCUUCAGUUCUUCAUCACCAAGCUUUCCUCAACUCCAAUAUUGGGCAGAGACACAUGUGAACAGCUGAACCUGGUCAAAAGAAUGGACGCCAUCACAGUCGAGGCGCCAGCCACAAGGGAGGAGUUAGUGGACGCCUACCCCUCAGUCUUCAGUGGUCUGGGAUAGUUUCCUGGGGUGCACCACAUCCACACAGACCCACAUGUGACUCCAGUAGUGAAUGGGUGCAGAAAACCUCCCAUUGCUGUUAUGGACAGGCUGAAAGCUACGCUGGAAGAACUUGUUGAAAGAUGUUAGAGUGGACUCAGUCAGAUACAUGGGACAAUUUGUCACUUCAAAAGGUGUGAAACCGGACAAGUCUAAAGUGUUAGCGAUCAGAGACAUGCCGCAGCCUGAGGACAAGAAAGGACUACAGAGGCUACUCGGGAUGACGAGGUAUCUCUGCCAAUACAUCCCAAACGAAGCCAUGAUCACAAGCCCACUCAGAGAGCUGCUACGAAAAGAUGCUGCCUGGCACUGGAGCCACGAACACACAGCUGCACUGGACAAGCUCAAGACAGCCCUCAUGCAAGCCCCAGUAGGCCACUGUCUUAUGCUUCACGAGCACUAACAGAGUCCGAAAAGUAUUACGCUCAGAUUGAGAAAGAGCUGCUGGCGAUAACCUUUGCUACUAAACGCUUUCACCAGUAUGUUUAUGGCAGCACUGUGACUGUACAAUCAGAUCAUAAGCCGCUGGAAGUCAUCUUCAAAAAACAUCUAAGCAAGGCACCAGCACGGCUUCAGCACAUGCUGUUGCAGCUCCAACGUUAUGAUCUGAGGAUAACUUACACUCCAAGGAAGGACAUGCAUGUUGCAGAUGCCCUGUCAUGUGCUGUUAUCCCUGACUGCAAUGAUGACAUGAAGGAGGAUCUGUUUGUGGAGAGAGUAGUGCAUGUCAUGGAAGCCACAGAUGCUCUCGACACAGGUACUCUGUCAAAACUCAAGGUUGCCAUGACGAUUGACAAUGUACUAAAACAGGUGGUGGAGAUGCACAACAAAGGCUGGCCGAGACGACGGAGCAGUGUUUCCAGCAGUCUACACCAAUACUGGCCAUUGAGAAACUCCAUCAGCAUCAGAGAUGGCAUACUGAUGUCUGGUGACAGGAUCGUUAUCCCACAGGCAGCGAGGCAGCUGAUGCUUGACAGACUACACCUAGCGCACCAGGGGAUACAGCAAAUGAAAGCACAAGCAAGAAAAGUGAUGUACUGGCAAGGUAUGACACACCAUAUUGAGCACAUGGUGGAAUGAUGUGGGCCAUGACAACAGCUCCAGCCACGGAACCAGAAAGAACCGCUAAUUUCACAUGAAGUACCUGAACUGCCAUGGCUGAAGAUUGGUGUUGACAUUUUUGAGCUACAUGGACAAUCAUAUCUACUGAAGGUAGAUUACAUGUCUAAAUACCCAGAGGUGGUCCACCUGCCUGACAAAACAGCCUAUACAGUGAUAAGUAAAAUGAAGCCCAUCUUCACCAGACAUGGAAUCCCAAAAGAGCUGGUAAGUGAUCAUGUUCCUUUUGCAAGCGCUGACAUGCUACAGUUUACAUCUGCGUGGGGCAUUAAGCUUAUCCACUCAAGCCCUGGAUAUCCACAAUCAAAUGGACUUGCGGAGAGGAUGGUGAUUUUUCACCAGCACAGGUUCUGAUGGGAAGAGUACUGAGGAGCACAUUGCCAAGCAACCAGGUGUGCCACAUGGAUUUCACUCAAAACUGAAGCAUCUACAAGCCAAGCAAGAGCAUUACUACAAAGCGAAGACGCUGCCGGAGUUUGCCCCUGGUACCACAGUUCACAUGGAAACUCGUCAUGGUUGGGAACCAGCCACCGUCCUGAAAAACAGAGCGGAACCACGUGCGUACAAUGUGGAGACUCCUGGUGGUGUCACGUUCCGGAGAAACCGACGACAUCUGAGGAGAAUUCAUCCUAGUCUUCACAUGGUAGUUGACGAUGAGAUGUCGGAGCCACCCAUUGCUUCACAGAGAGAGGACAGCUCAUCACAGGCCCUGCUAAACCAGAGCGCACCUACACAUGAGCUGAACACUCCUACUCCAGCUGAUUCCACCUACAGCGCCAGAAGUGGGAGACCUGUGAAGAUGCCUACAAAGUUCAGGGACGAUGAGUUAAAUUGAUACCUAUGCCCUGCUCACACCUAAGUCACGUUCAGACUCAGUUACAGUGGGGAGAACAAGUACAGUGAUACCUCAGCUCACGAACGCUUAAGCUCACGAACUUUUCGCCUCAAGAACAUUAAAUUCGCGAGCAUAUAGUCUCUGCUAAAGAACUAGUUUUCGGCAGACGAACCAAACCACGCGGUCGAACAGCGCCACAAGAAGCUGGCUCACGCUCACGGCGUCCCAAUUCGUCCCCUCCCUUUCGUUGAGUGCGGACGUGGUUUGUGUUUGAUAGACAUUUUGGACCAUAUUGAGUGUACUUUUGCUAUUAUGGGAUCGAAAAAGACCCCACCUCAGGCUAGUGUUAAGCCUAAGAAGACAUUAAAGAAAAUAAGGUAUAUUUUUGUGUAGUUUUAAGGCUUAUUUAGUAGAACAUUAUGUUUUAUGGGGACCUGGGAACGGAUUAUUCUCAUUUUAAUGGUUUCUUAUGGGAAAUAAAUGUUCGGAAGACGAACUUUUCGCCUUACACACACUUUCUGGGAACCAAUUAUGUUCGUGAGCUGAUGUAGCACUGUAUUUGAUAUAUUUCCGAUUUGCUGGUUUUCCCACUUGCAAAGCAUGUAGAGGUCUGUAAUUUGUAUCAUAAGUUCUCUUCAACUGUGAGGGACGGAAUCUAAAAAAAAAAAAAAACAGAAAAUCACUUUAUAUGAUUUUUAAAUAAUAAAUUUGCAUUUAAUUGCACAAAAUAAGUAUUUGAUACAUCACAAAAAUCGAAAUAAUAUUUGGUACAGAAACCUUUGUUUGCUAUUACAGAUACCAAACGUUUCCUGUAGUCCUUGACAAGGUUUGCACACACUGCAGCAGGGAUUUUGGCCCACUCCUCCAUGCAGAUCUUCUCCAGAGCCUUCAGGUUUCGGGGCUGGUGCCGGGCAACACGGACUUUCAGCUCCCCCCAUAGAUUUUCUAUCGGGUUCAGAUCUGGUGACUGGCUAAGCCACUCCAGGACCUUAAGAUGCUUCUUACGGAGCCACUCUUGCCCUGGCUGUGUGCUUUGGGUCGUUGUCAUGCUGGAAGACCCAGCCAUGACCCAUCUUCAGGGCUCUCACUGAAGGAAGGAGGUUGUCAGCCAAGAUCUGGCGAUACAUAGCCCCAUCCAUCCUCCCCUCAAUACAGUGCAGUCGUCCUUUACCCUUGGCAGAGAAGCAGCCCCAAAAAAAUGAUGUUUCCUCCUCCAUGUUUCACGGUUGGGAUGGUGUUCUUGGGGUUGUACUUAUCCUUCUUUAUCCUCCAAACACGACGAGCCAAGUUUAGACCGAAAAGUUCAAUUUUGGUCUUAUCCGAUCACAUGACCUUCUCUCAUUGCUCCUCUGGUCAUCCAGAUGGUCAGUGGCAAACUUCAGACGUGUCUGGACAUACACUGGCUUCAGCAGCGGGACCUUGCGUGCGCUGUAGGAUUUUAAUCCAUGAUGGCGUAAUGCGUUUCCGAUGGUUUUCUUCGAGACUGUGGUUCCAGCUCUCUUCCGGUCAUUGACCAGGUCCUGCCGUGUAGUUCUGGGCUGAUCCCUCACCUUCCUCAUGAUCAGUGAUGCCCCACGAGGUGAGAUCUUGCAUGGAGCCCCAGAACGAGGCAGAUUGACCGUCAACUUGAACUUCUUCCAUUUUCUAAUAAUCGCUCCAACAGUUGUUACCUUCUCACCAAGCUGCUUGCUUAUUUUCCUGUUGCCCAUCCCAGCCUUGUGCAGGUCUAUUAUUUUAUCCCUGAUGUCCUUACAUAGCUCUUUGGUCUUGGCCAUUGUGGAGAGGUUGGAGUUUAUUUGUUUGAGCAUGUGAACAGGUGUCUUUUAUACAGGUAACAAGUUCAAACAGGUGCAGUUACUUCCGGUAAUGAGAUGAGAACAGGAGGCGUUCUUAAAAAAGAACUAAGAGCCGAAAUAUUUACUACUUGGUAAUGCAUCAAAUACUUAUUUCAUGCAGUUACAAACAAAUUUAUAAUUUAAAAAUUAUACAAUGCGAUUUUCUGGAUUAUAGUAUUAGAAUCCGUCCCUCACAGUUGAAGAGGAUUCAUGAUGCAAGCCAUGUAGAGGUCUGUAAUUUGUAAGUGGUAAAACCAGCAAAAUCGGCAGUGUAUCAAAUAGAGCUGGGAAUCUUUGGCAGUGGCGCCUCCAGAAAUUUUUCAUAGGGGUGGCCAGAUGGGGCCACUUUAAAUCUUGGGGUGGCCAAAACUAAAAGCCAUAAUUUCAGGUUUUCAUUAUAUUAUUGCAGUAAAAAGGUCAGGGGAAAACUAUCAGAAAGACUUAAGGACACAGCUACUGAUAUACUUUGGUGUAUUGUGUAAUAUUUGAUAUUACUAAUGAUUUAAUGUGCAUAGUCCGUAACUGUUCAGUCAACAUUUUGAGUUCCACAACACUUCUGUUUUAUUGUGUUAUGUAUACUGUAUAUUAGGCAUAAGGUGUACAUUUAACUAGGGCUGUCAAACGAUUAAAAUUUUUAAUCGAGUUAAUCACAGCUUAAAAAAUAAUGAAUCGUAAUUAAUCGCAAUUCAAACCAUCUCUAAAAUAUGCAAUUUUUUUCUGUAAAAUUUUGUUGGAAAGGAAAGAUAAGACAAGACGGAUAUAUACAUUCAAUAUACUGUACAUAAGUACUGUAUUUGUUUAUUAUAACAAAAAAAUCCACAAGAUGGCAUUAACAUUAUUAACAUUCUUUCUGUGAAAGGGAUCCACGGAUAGAAAGACUUGUAAUUCUUAAAGGAUAAAUGUGAGUUUGUAUGCUGUGACUAAAUAUUGCCAUCUAGUGUAUUUGUUGAGCUUUCUGUAAAUGAUACUGUAGUGACUUAACUGUUCUGCCCAAAUGCAUGAUGGGAAGUUGUGCCACCAUGACUGUGUGUGGUGGCUGCAAAUGCUAUAUCUUCUCUGUGUUGGGUAGAGUACAGGGUGUUAAGAAAAAGAUCAACUCCUGUCAUUCUUCCCCACGUCGCUUCCCACAAUAAUUAUAGUUGCUGUGGGAGAGAUGACCAAGCUUUUGCCAAUUAAGAGCGCGGCCCCAAUGAAUGCUUUUAUCUACUCCACUCACUUGACACUGCCUCUUUACUCUGUAUAGAAGUAAAACGGCGCCAUUGUAGGCUGUUUACGGCAAUGCGGGAAUGAGUCGUACUGCGAAUGCGUUAAUUGCGAUAAAUAUUUUCACGUGAUUAAUUUAAAUUAAUUAAUUAACGCCCUUUAACACGAUAAAUUUCACAGCCUACAUUUAACAAAACAAAAUAAAUGCAUUCAUUUGGGAUGAAAUGCAUAACUGAUGCUACAACAAUCUAACGAUAUACUGGUAAGCGGGGUGGCCAACCAAUUUAUAGGGGUGGCCGUGGCCACCCCCUGGUGGCGCCACUGAUCUUUGGGCACCUAACAAUUCGAUUACGAUUCAGAGGCUCCAGUUCGAUUAUAAAACGAUUAUUGAAGCACCCCCCUCCUUUUUUUUUUUUUUUUUUUUAAUGUUUUGUACAUUAGUUCCAAAAUUGUUCAAUACUUUGUUGUUCAAUACUUUCAGGCUAAACCAAACUACUAUUUCAGUAUCAAGUUAACAUAAAGCAGUAAACAAAUAUACAAAAAUAACAGUAAAUAAAAAAACUCCAGUCCCCAUUCUGUAUCAGCAGCUUUAAACUACAUUCAUUUAAUUUAAUGUUGUGAAUCAACCGUUAAAGUUGUUAAAAUUGCUCCCGUUAUUUCAUAAUUUCCCUUUUGUCUACUUUCGACAUGUGAAAGUUUUAAAACUAUUUUAAAGAUAGAUUCAAGUCAAUAUUUUACCGAUUUAGGAGUAUUUUAGAUUAAAAGUUAAUUAGGUUUGCUUGGAAGGUUCGCUACAACAGCCUUGCAGGGACGUGUACUGCUUUAAGAUGGCGGCCAUUUACUAACGUCCACAUCUAGCUUUUUGUAGGUGUGCUGCUAACGCUACCGAAUCAAUAAUGCAUCUAGUCCUAUAUAAAUGAUAUCUACCAUAACAUCAUGAUACUUUGUAGCAGCUUUUCGGCAGCAGUCAGGUAUGUUGUUGUGUUUUUUUUAUCUCGUGGCAUGAGUUGAGCUAGAGCCGUGAGUUGAGCAUUGGCAUUACCCGAGGGGCCGGGUAAUGAAAAGCAUGAUGUUUAGCUACUCUCGCUCCGUUCCUCAUUGACCGCGCGGCGCACUGAGUGUGUUGUACUUCCGCUUUACUUGGCAUAUUUCAAUAAUCGGAAUUUGGAUGUUUGUGAAUCGUUCUCGAAUCUUCCACGGCCGAAUCGUGAAUAAUCUAAGAAUCGGAAAUUUUGCACACCUCUAGUAUCAAAUACUUGUUCUCCCCACUGUACAUGUGCAUAUUACAUACAGUAUUUGUUUUUGUAUUAACAUCAGUGUUAAAAAAAAAAAAAAAAAAAAAAGUGGAAAAAAAGAGGAGAAAGUCAUUUUGAAGAGUUUAUUUAUUCGUUGUGCUUAAAAGGCUGUGUUACUGUGUGAAGACAUAAUUUUAAUGGUUAAUUCAUACAGUGCCCUCCAUAAUUACUGGCACCCCUGGUUAAGACGUGUUUUUUAGCUUCUAAUAAUUUUUUAAAAUUUCAAAUAAUAUGGGACCUUCAUGGAAAAAAAACAGAAAAAUCUAACCUUCAAUACAAGUGCAUUUAUUCAGUGGGGAAACAAUCCCACAUAAAGAAAUAAUUAUUUGACAUCAAAUAAUGUGUGUCACAAUUAUUAGCACCCCUGGUGUUAAUUAGGGUUGGGAAUCUUGGGCAUGAAGCCGAUUCGAUAUGUAUCUAGAUACACAGUGAAGGAAAAUAGUCGAUUUCUCCUUGUUACAGGUUGUUUUAUUCUUAUAAAGAACAGGAGAUGAUGACAUAGAAUUCGGAAAUGAAAAAGAACAAAGAAUUUACACUGAAAGACACACAGACAGAACAAAAGAGACAUGGCACCGGACGAGACGAAAGAGCAAAAGUGUCCCUCUCUCUGCUUGGAGUCUUUUUCUCCCUAACUUGGGGGUAGGGUCAGGUUGCUUGGCAUGUGCAUUGUGAACCCCCAUCUGCUGGGCCUAGCUAAUAUUUUCCAGAUGUGCUGCUACUCGAAGGCAUACACUGUCUUAUGAUGGAGAAUGCAAUGUCCAUAUAUGAAUAUUGUGAAUAAAUGGAAAUAUAAUCCUUCAAUCCCUCUUUUGGAUUCAAAUAGAAAAUUGAAUCCACCCAACUAAAAAAAUAAACAACAAAUCCGCAAAAGAAAAAAAACAACAAAACCCAAGUAGACUCAAAGAUCAGAUACAUCACAAACCACGCGAGAGGUGAGGAGACAAAAACGGUACAACAAAGAAAUGAAAAACGUAUAAUAUAAACAAUUAAAAAUAAACCAUAAUAUCUGAGUGCAGAAAGCAAAACACAUUCCCAUUUCCCAAGGGUGAGCACACACGAAUUCCCAGAGUCUGUCCCAAACAGGUGUGCAAAGUUAAAGUCAGCAUCGCUGCAAUCUCAUGGCCUCGGUGUUGGGAUUGAGCCCAUAACUUUCUUCUCGGGAAAAGGGUACGGUCCAUGAAAAGGGUCAGUUCCAUGUUGAUAUUCCAUGGCUCAGGUUGAAACUAAUCCUUUUUGUCAAUGUGUUUUGAAGAAAUCAAUAAUCGCAAUCCUUAACGCAGUGCCCAGUAGUCGAGAAUGCAGUUCAGAAAACAAGACGCAAUCAUCAAUAUCUAAUACUAUAUCAAACACUAACACCGCCCUCUUUUGUGCUGUAAUCUGUUCAACUAAAAAACACAGAAUGCAAUAGAAAAACAUCAAAUCAUAAUCAAUUAAAAAUAAAAUGAGUCAGCCUAUCUAUAAAAAGCAAUGUCGGUCGCUCUUGUAGGUUGUAACGUCAUAGUUGCUCAUAAGAAAGUAAAACAAAAUAUUUAUUAAUACUAUAAAAAUGGUCGUGUAUAUGUGAUGCAAGUUAAACAUUUCUCAGAACUAUCACUUAAUGACCUCAUUUAAAUAAAAUGCUCGUUGGAAUUCUACAGGCAGGAAGAUAACUGUCACAAUUAAAAAUUCAUUCAUGUCAAAGGAACCUGAAAACCUUCACGCACAGAAAGGACAACACCCUCGGCUGGGAUGAAACUCGCACCAGUUAAAGCCAACGAGUGCACCCACUCUGGGUCCAAGUGGGGACUGAAUCAGCCUCCGAUCAUCUAAUCUUCGGACAGCCUGGGCCCCAUUCCUGACACCCGGGUCACCCUGCAGCCCCUGGUAAUGGAGGCCGUGCGUCCUGCGAAGGCCGUGCGUCCUGCCAACGAUGUUGACAGGACUCAAAAACGACAUGAAAAUAGCCAAAUUGUCAUCACUUAUCCUCUCAAGUUAUCAUAUAUGUAAUCUUACCACCUGGAGAAUCCCAAAAGUAUCUAUCUCCAAACUCCUGGAACAUAUAAUGUGACAAAUCAUUAUCAUCCGGGAGAGCAAUAACUCCUCUGUUCCUUCCUACCAUAUUACUAACACAAAAACUAAAUCCCUUCCAUUUAAAAUUUGGGAGAAUACUAUGCUUGAAUAGUAUGCUUGCAAAAGUUUUAACUCAUCUGAAUUUGCAGUGUCAUAUUAUCUGUAUGUUUUCAGUUGAACAGAUAGCACAGAUCCACCAAACCUUCAAAAAAAAAAACUAUCCAUAUGUCAGUAGAUAAUUAACAAAACAUAAAAAUAUAAUUUUUUUUUUUUUUUCUUUUUUUUUCUAGAGUUUAAAAAUCAACACAACCCCCCAUAGGUAUAUAAUAAUGAUGAUGAUGAUGAUUUCCCUCUUUUAGCCAUGCUUACAAAUCAAAGCAUGGCUAUAUAUAACAUAAAACUAUAACACCACUAGGUAACGUAAAAACAAAAAAAGCAUUGUAAUGAAAAAAUCCAAACGAUCAUCAUUAAUUUAUAAUAAUAUGCGAGCUAAAUCAAAAAUCCAAACAAAAUUGAAAGAUCCCUCUUUGGAAACUAAAAAACAAAAUAUUAUUUCAAAAGUAUUAAUUUCCUUGUAAAUACAUCAUCAUUAUUAUAUCCAACAAAAACAAAAUGAGCAAACCCCAUAGAGGCAAACCAUUACCAACAUUAAUAAAUCUAAUCCAUUUGAAGACGCCUUUCUGGCACUCCGGAACAUCAUGUAAUCAAAUGAAAACAUCCUACCAAAUGUACGAUUAAAGGGGAUGUAGUGCCCUGGGAAAAUUUUAAUAUUCCAUCAUUUAUCCAUAAACGCAUGCCUUUUGUAUUCAUAUCAUGCCACUUCGUGUAAUUACACACAAGAAAAUGAGAGAAAUUUGGCUCGAUUGUCAAGCUAAAACGACCGGCGCCCUAGAUCUGGCAGAUUGUGUGCGUGACGUCACGACAAGUGAAGAGAGUGCCACCGGCCACUAGGGGGGCAGCGCCUGUCUGCAUCAAUAGAAUUCCUUCUAGUGAGGGGAGAAUUAGGUGUUUUGAGCUGUUUAUGCUGAUGCAUUGUGUUCGUCCUGCACAUAUUCCAGGUUCCCUCAUGAAGAAACACCCCUCGUUGUCAAUAAAAGAGAAUUCAGAAUUGACAGUGAGGGGUGUUUCUUCAACAAGAAAAAGGCUCAGUGCUUUAACACUGAAUGGCGGCGAUGAUGGCAGACAAUUUCGUUUCUAGUUUCAGCGACGAAUCCGAUGUAGAAGGACGUAACGAAUGUUCAUCUAAUGGUGACGAGGAGAGUUACGAAGCUUUAAUCGGUGUCUUAGGUUACCAAUUUGAGCCCAAACGAACGCCAAUGCAGCGUAAUGAAACGGUCAUUGAGGGGAGCAAUGACACUGAUGAAACAUCGGCAGCAGAUUGUGUGGGAAACACCACUGAUUUGUUUUGCAUUUCUUUUUGUGAAGCUGAUACACUGUGACUGCAUAAUAAAGGAAUGCAUAGAAUAAUUAUCAUUUAUUGCGCUAUCAUAGCUUUUUGCUCUGCCAACAGACACAAAUAUGAAUGGGAUCAGAGGAUUUGUUCUAUAUAUUUUACGAACGAUAAUUUAUACAUGUGUCCAGUCUUGUAUCCAAUGCGUGACAUUUUUUUAUUAUAAAAGAGUACUCACUCUGGCCAUUUCGAGCUUGGCUGCUCCCCUCCUUUGCUUAGCCUUAGCCUCCUUUGCUAGUCAUCAUCCUCUGUCUUGAUAUCUCGGGACAUAUAGGUCGCUGCGCGUGUAUGGUCCGCACCGCAUCUCCUUUGAGCAGCAAUCUUUUAGCAAAAUCCGAUUUCACUUGUCCAUAGUUCGAGAAGCUUUCAGGUGGAAAAUGCGCACCACAGAAAAGCGUGGUGGAGGCUGUGUCUAGAAAAUUAGCCCUCUUUGCACGGACGAACUUUACCCAUCGUCUGCGUAGUCCAGCUUUUUUUUUCGCAUUCGGGAACUCAUGGAUACUAUAUUCCGAUAAAUAGCUAUUUGUACACCACAUAGCACAGCAGUUUUGAACCAUUUUUGAGAUGUUUUCGUCAAACAAGCCCCAACGCUACUCUCUCGUCGUUAAAAAACAAUGGCACCUGGCACCGCCUCGACUGUCAAUCACUUGUCGUGACGUCGCCGCCCCAUUCGGCUGUUUCCGGAACACUUUCGGGAAUGUUCGUCAUUUUCGAUCUAUUUUCGAUAAUUGCUCAUUAACGUAAUUGUUUUUUUUUGUUAACUUUAUCAAUAUUUGUUAUCUUGGCACACAACGGUUCUAUUGAUGUCUCACACCCCCUUUGCCGCUACAUCCCCUUUAAAAGAAUAAAACAUAAGAAAAACUGGUGACAAAUUCAAAGACGAAGAAAAGAUAGCAAGGCUAGUUUGAAAUCAGUAUUGAAAUGGCGAAGAGAGUCAGUUUUCCUAAGGUCAAAUGGCAACAAAUUCCAGAGCCAACGGCUGAAUGCCUUACCCCCAUGUAGUCGUAGGUCAGAUGAAGCAAAGGUCCAGUAUGGCCUCGAAUGAAAAGGACCAGGCUUAGGAUUCCUCCAUGCCGGGACAUCAUAAUACAUGGGAACGAAGUUUCGUGGGAGUGAAACACCGCAACUCUUCUUCUGGAAUGGUUCGAGAUUCUAGGGUGCACUGUCAGCCUUUUCACUUUCAUUUCAUAUGGGAUCUUAGGAUACUACCUGGUCACAGGACGAAGCACAGGUAGUAUAUUCUGCCGGCUGUGAAACAACCUCUGUUUCGCGAUAUCAUCAGGAAGAUUCAACCAACUCUUAGUAAGAAAUCAGUAUGUCGCUGGGUGGAUAAAUAGCCUGGCCUGAUGGGGUCUUUGCCAGUCUGGUAGAGGGAAUACGGUCCAGCCAGCCUGCUCCAGUCCAGUUGGAGUCCACCGAGAGUCUUUCAAGGGAGGCCUGCUAAGGUCAUCAUGGCUCAAGCUAACUUAGGCACACUUCCCCACCUAUGGAGAAAGUGGUUGAGUAGACCUAACUAAGUCCUUGCCUGGUCUUAAAUUUAAACGCACAAGGCAAGGUAUAUCAAAUCAAAAAUGGCUUCUAUAAAUUCCAAAUUAAAAAUAACCACAACUAAAUAAAAAUAUUAGGUUUACCGAAGUCGCGAAAGAAAAAGAAAUCAUAUUAAAAGGAAAUAAGCUACAAAAAUUCAUUUUACAAAAUUUCAAAAGCGAAAGAGAUCAUUUGAAACUUAACUUCAAAGUUAAGAAAAAUGAAAAGCUAAAAAUUCCAAAGAAUAAAAAUCGGAAACCGAAAAAUCAACAGUACUAACUAUUGGCCAAACAAAAAUACUCGAGCAAAACCGGAAAAUCUAUAGUACUUGCCAUUAGCCAAACAAAAGUACUUGAGCCUCAAUUUAUCAAAACCACUCGAACUUAAAAAAUAAACACAAAAAUCAAAAAUGAAAAAUAAAAAUCAAAAAUGAAAAGUCAAAAAAUGAAAAAUAAAAUGAAAAAUCAAAAUUGGUGUUAUUCUGGGAAAUUUGUUCUCUCCAGUGUAAAUUUGAAAUCAUCAUAAGCCAUACGAAAACGCAAUUUUCCCAACUUUACAAACAAAAUUCUUACAUGAUUACAAAAUUAACAAUUUUCCCAGAAUAAUGUCGUUUAGCGUAAUGCCAAAUAAAGUUUAUUUCCUCUCUCAAAUUUGUCUGCUCCCUCUUUAGUAAUUUGUCGAUUAAAUUUGGCUGUGGCAUCUCUCGACGAAACUGGCCACCUAUUUCCCACUAUAAUUUCAUUACAACAAAAUUUACAUAAAUUGGACUUCUCUACACAUCCCAGAUUCCGAAAUUAAUAAAAACGUUCAUCCCAUUAUUUUGGUCACAGCUGAAUUCAAAAAUAGCCAGAUUAUAUCAGCAUGUGAUCCAAAAGAUUACAUUUUAGCAAAAUUUGGCAUUUUCAAGUCCUUAAAAAUCAAAAUUAGAUUGCAUAUCGUCUAAUAUUUCGUACGUGACUCAAGACAGGUUCCCUCUCAUUCUUUCGUGAAUCAAUACUUGCUCUUUGUCAAUUUUAAGAUUUACUUCAGCUGCUUCCACUUCUCCUCUUGUAACAAUUCAUUAAUGGCUAAUCACUUUACCAUAUUAAUCUACUUGCUUAGUAUCCAGUCUACACUAAAAUUAAUUAUCACUAUGUCACUUCCACCUUUGAAAUAAAUCAUCAACACUGGAGUUUCUUGAGCGUCUUUGUGAUGCCCUUGGUUGCCUCCUGGUUACAGGGGUGCUGGGGCACAUUAAUAAAACCAUUCAAAGCUACCUCAAAUGUGACUGGAUUCACCGUGAUGCAGUCCAAUGUCAGCAGGUCCCUCGGAUCACAGUGACCUGUAUACAAAAACAUUCAGUACCUAAAGAAUACAUGUCAAGGGGUAUUUGAACUCAUGUCCAAUCAGUUGCCAAACGGCAUUGUCCCACCAUGGGUCCCAAUUCUUGAGCUUCGUGUCUUAGUCAUCAAUCUAAAUACUUAUGCAUUAGUCGAGGUGAGAUCUGGUAGGCAUCUUAGCUUAGAAGUCGGGGAGCUUUAGUGGUUGGUGUGGAAGAUGGGAAUCUGUCUCGGAAAACAGCAAACAAUGGAGUGACAGGAGACAAAAUGUUCAAGUUCAACAUAUUUAAACCUAGGAUAAGACAGAAUGUCAUCCGAUUGGUGAAAAAUAAACAAGUACAUAUCAGUCUCACUACAGCACCGCACGUCAUGAAUUAUCUCCGUGCCUGGAUCCAAACCUCUCCGUCGAUGGCCAAUUCUGGCAGUUGUUUCUGCAAAAAUUCAAAAUCAUUUAAUAACAAUUUUAAGUCAGUUAACCCACCUUAUUGAUUUGGAAUUAUGAGGUAAUUUCCAGGUGUUAGGGUGUAUCUAUUUAAGUUCCAACUUCUAGUCUUUGGGAUCUUUUUUGGAUUUGGUCACAGGAUAGCGGCCGACGGGCCUUUGCCAUCUGCUUUCAAUUAGGGGAGGGGGUGAAAAUAAGUCUCUGUCAGCUACCUUGGUCAUCGUCUGGGCUGGGGCUCUGCUGCCCCCCCUCCCUUUUUUACGACUCCUGCAGCCGUCUCCUCAGGGAUCCCUGUUGUCUUAAAUUCCAAUUCUGAAAACACUUUUUAUCUGUCGCACCAUAUCUGCUGGCAGCUAGUUUACUCCAAUUUCACUCUUUAAUUUUACAUUAAUUUGCAUAUUAAUCAAUUUAGUAUCUUGAGCUUACUAGAAUUUGUAGUUUUAGAAUCCCGUCAAAUCUAUAUAUUAACUCGACUUCUCAUUCAUGAAUACUUAUCUAUUCAUUCUAUAGUUCAUCUACCUUUUAACUCAAGUUUCCCCUGUUACAAUAUUUAUUUAAUUCUAGCAUAAAUAUAACAGCUGUGCCAACUGUUUCUUCAUAAUUGAUAGAUUACAGUUAAGAUUUUGCCGAUUUAGUCUCGCUACAACAGCCUUCCAGAGAAGUUUAUUGUUAUAAUUAAGCUAUUGGUUUAGGGUUCUCGGAUGGAGUUUAAUUUCGAGAUUUGUUGAUCAAUCAAAUGUGAAAUUAUCUCCCACCGAUGUUUUAUUUUAAAAUAAGAAUACUACCUCCUUAGCACAAUAUUUUUCACAAAUCACAACAAUCCUUGCUCCAUAAAUUAAUCAGAUAUUUAAACCUAUUUUAAUCUAUGAGCUCGUGAAUGAAUACAUCAUUAGAGCUAAAUAAACACAUUAGAGAAAAAAAUGUGGUCUAGCAGCUCAUUAGCUGGUCUUAAAACUUAAGGUAAACAUAUGUUAUCAAACAAUAUAAUCAUUGUCUCGACAUGUCAUUUUCCGCCAAAUUAAACAAAUCUCAUUACUUUUAAGGUUGUUUAACAAAACAUUUUGAGCUCUAAAGAUCAUACUAUCGAUCUCAAUUAAGCUCACUAGUUUAUUUAUUUCACCUCACUCGCUUUUCAUUUCAUUCAUGAAUUCUAUUUAUAUAAUCAGUUGUUCCCCAUUACUAUCAAUUUGAUAUUAUCUCUAGUAAAAAGAGAGGGCUUAAAUAUAUUUUCAGCCUCCCUGGUUAUGCUUGGCCAGAACACAACAAGGGGGGCUCACAGCGGCCCGCUCUCCUAAAUUUUGAACACCAUCCCCCUUUUCUUAAUCAAAGGCGUCACGUGGCACACACGGGUGCCUGCCAGAAUGUGAACAAAGGUGCUUCAUUUAUUAUCCUAUACUCGAUCGUUAAGUAUUUCAAAAACAAUUCCUUUGUUUGCCCGCGCUCCCUCUCCACUCACGAGAGCAGAAUAAGGAGCGCUCACUUCACUCACAAUUAGAGAGAAGAAAAUAAAGAGGAAAAAGAAAAGAAAAGUUGGGGGACCCCACUCACACUCACACAAACAAACUGACAAAUGGCAAACAUCCGCGGAACAAAUUCGAGUAGCCCAUGCCCUCAUCCUAGGAUCAGCAUUGCCCCAUGGAACACUGCAAAAUGCACUUAAACGUGGUUUGCGCAAAUCGGUCCGCUUUGUCACGGCCGGAACUCCUCACAUAGGGAGCUCUUAAUUACUUCACACGAAACGGGUCGUCAAAAACUCCCGGAACUAGCUCACAUAGGGUGUUCUACAUGCACUUUGUAAUCGCGAUAUAUAAAUAAAUAAAUAACAUACACAUUUAAUUAAUUCAUUAAUUAACUAGUAAUAACACGAUUAAUAAUUAAUUAAUACAAUUAAUUUUCUUCAUAUCAAUUCAAUCCUCUCUGGGACAUUGGCAUAUUAAAAAAUAUUCAUUCAUUCAUUCCGCUUUUCCUCACGAGGGUCGCUGAGGUGCUGGAGCCUAUCCCAGCAAUUUAGAAUGUUCAGUCUGCCUACUAUGCAUGUUUUUGGAAUGUGGAAGGAGUGCUAACCACUCAGCCACCGUGGCGCUAUUAAAAAAUAAAAAUUACCUUAUACUAUAUUGGCGCCUCACCGUCUGUCCCAAAGUGGCUUGAGUUCUCCAAAUUCUGUGUCGCCUCCCCCGCUUCAAAAAUCCUGCCCGACAACGCCAUUUGAAGGAAAAUAGUCGAUUUAUCCUUCUUACAGGUUGUUUUAUUCUUAUAAAGAACAGGAGAUGAUGACAUAGAAUUCGGAAAUGAAAAAGAACAAAGAAUUUACACUGAAAGACACACAGACAGAACAAAAGAGACAUGGCACCGGACGAGGCGAAAGAGCAAAAGUGUCCCUCUCUCUGCUUGGAGUCUUUUUCUCCCUAACUUGGGGGAAGGGUCAGGUUGCUUGGAAUGUGCAUUGUGAACCCCCAUCUGCUGGGCCUAGCUAAUAUUUUCCAGAUGUGCUGCUACUCGAAGGCAUACACUGUCUUAUGAUGGAGAAUGCAAUGUCCAUAUAUGAUUACUGUGAAUAAAUGGAAAUAUAAUCCUUCAACAGGUUACUAUUCGAUUAAAAAACAAUACAUUUCUAAGGCCGAGCGAUUCGAUACGAUUCGAUAGUUUAAGAACGAUACGGUUCGAUACAGAGUGAAAACGAUACGAUAAUAAACAUUUGUUGUGUGUAUUCGUACAGUAUUUUAAACAUAUAAAAAAAGACCACAUUUCUAAUCGCAAAAUUAAACAACAAAAUUUCAUACCAAUGCUAUGUUAUAUUUUUUUAAUGAAAAAAAAAAAAAAAGGCUUACUAUGUUACCGUCAUUUUGUUGGAUGGGAUUGAUAAUAAAAUAAAACUCCAGUGACAGACAACAAUAAAGUGCAGUAAUUCAAUGGCGUACCGCACGCAGGCUAUUUUUAGACCGUGACGUCGCAUCGUAAAGCGGAAGUAAAGCCAAAGUGGGACAUUAUAGACCCGCCCUCGCAUAGACCCCACGUAAAAAGUGCUACUUUUCGCCGGUAAUCUUUCAAAAAGGAACAUGGCGAUCACGCAUUGCUUUUUUGGAACUUGUAGAAACGACUCUAGACAUUACGACCAUGAAGGAUGUUUUCUUCAUACGUUCCCGGAAACCAAAAACUCGGGAGGAAAAAAUGUGAAAACCGAAUCAACAUGCGCGGACUUUAACACCAGCUCAGCGAAUCCAUUCACGUUUCAUAUGCAGUAAACAUUAUAUUGGGUUGGCAUGGUCUUUCAGAGGACAAAGAGGUAAGCCAUUUUUAUAUUUUUACUUUGUUUUUUUUAGCGUAACGUUGUGCCGUACUGCUUCUGUCUGACAAUGAAUGACCUGAAAAAACUACAAUGGUAUCUGACUGCCACUGUUACCGUUUCUGUUAUAUAUAUAUAUAUAUAUAUAUAUAAAAAAAAAAACUUUAGUAAGGGGGAAGUGUAAAUAAAUUAUAGGAUUAAGAUGUGUUAUCAAUGAAAAAAUUUAAAGUGUUCGUUGGCUGUCACUGAGUAGCAUUUGCGACCGCUACACAAAGCUAACUAAAUUACCCCCAAGAACGGUAAGAGACGUAGGACAACCAGAGGAUAUAUAAGAAAGACAGGGCUGAUGGUAAAGGAUAGCUUGUUGAAACCGGAGAAUGUCAUUGUCAGUCGCGUCGAUUAAAAAAAAGCUAAAACUAUGCUUAGGUCGGCUCGUUUUUUUCCGUCUUUUUCAGCCUUCGACGCUAAAGCCAUCUCUUUACUGAACAUUUUUAUGUUCUUCCACAUCUAUGCCAGUCAAUUUGGCACCAGGCACAUCAUUUUCGGAGAGAAUUGGUAGGUUUUGCGCUGUAAACAUCUCCUUCGUACACGAUUUCCAUUCAUUUCCUAUUGGGGACAAAUGGUGGCUUGUCCUUGCAUAGCAACCGUAGCUAAUGCCAUGAAUAUUAAUGAGCGGAAGUGACGUGUUGCUUGCGGUACGCCAUUACUGUAUUUCCUGGUGUUUUGAACACAAGAGAAGUAAUUUAAGAGCGAACUUUCAACGUAAACAUGUUACAAACAAAAAUAUUUUAUGUAGCAGCUAUAGAAAAAAAAGAAUUAAACCUGCAAUGUUAUCAUAAAUAAAUAACAAAUUAUGCUUUGCACUGGUAUAAUUGGGGGGGAAUAAAAACAGCGCAUUUUAGACAGACAGGUCAAUAAUCAUUACUUUAACCUUAUACACAGCAAAGUCUUUUACUUAUGCCUGUGUUUCCACAUUUUUUACUCCUCAUCACUGUCCAUAUCUUUUUUGAAGGGCAGAUUUUUUCUUGAGGAAGAUCAACUAAUCCACAUGUUCAUGUUUUAAGUAGAUUGCGUUUUGUGGGAAAAAAAUUCUCCAGAGGGUCGUGCUGCCCUUUCCACCAUUGAAGUGGGUUAUUUUUCAGGGUUAAAAACUCACGAAAUCUGUACCGCUCCACACUUCACACUAUCUCUGUCCCAUGCAAACAGAUCUGGCUGCCUUCCUCACUUCAAAGUCUGACUUUUGUUUUCCUUGGUGCGUUGAAAAUCAAUCGCUGCACGUCGCUGGCAUCUGUGCUCAAACUGUCCAUUGUUUUAGCAUGUUGCUUCGUUGCCACUACUAGUUUCGUUUUGGGCUUUGAAGAAAAGCUACGGAGCGUGCGUUACAGUGGUUUUGUUAGCUCUCGCGUUUAGGCAUGUGCCAGUAUGAUAUUUUGACGGUACGAUAACCGUGAGCAAAAAUACCGCGGUUUCACGGUAUCACGGUAUUGCAAUUAUAGCUCCAAAAAAUUUUGAGAUGUAUGGGUUAAAAAAAAAAACUUUUUUCCAUUGAACAGGAUUUUUUUCCCCCCAGACCAUAGUUGCAAAUUGGAACAUGAAUAUAUUGUUAAAAUAAAUAAUCAAUAAAAAAAUAUUUUAAAUAAAAUUAAACUAAAUAUAACUUAUAGACUAUACUCACAGCCACAGCUCAAGUUGCUCAAGAUUAGAGCAAGAACAAAAUAAUUUCUAUAAAAAAGUAAAAACACUUCUGAAUAAAAUUUUUUAGAAAUUUAUACUGCAUGACUUUUUUUUUGAGGGUGGAAAAGCUUAAGUGAUGUUUCGCCAUUUUCAGCCACUGUGUCAACUCUAGUCUACAUGAUGUCAUGCCUUUUUGUUAAAAAGAACAUAAAGAAUUCAUAAGUUACUUAAAAAUGUAUAAGUUAGUUAAAAUGUCAAUAUUGUUGUGGAAAGGUUUCAUCUAAAAAAUAAAAUAAAAUAAAACAUUGGGAGUGAGACCUCUCCUUGAUCCAGCGAACGUGGAUUUGUGCUUAGGGCAAGAUCAUCUUUCUCAAUUAGCGAUCUUUGACACCAUCACCUUUUCCACUUCAUUCAAGCGACUCAAGCUUGUUUUCUCACUCUGCGGCUGUCACACUCAACGUAGUUGCUCUCCCAGGUAAGCCUAGGCUAACAAUCAUCUUUGUAAGCUUUUAGUUAGUUUUUAUAUUGAAUUUGAAAGGAAAAUGUGUGUUUUGUUUUUGGCGAACUUUUUCCAUGGUGCUAAUCUGUUGAAGCUACUCACGUGGAAAAAUCUAAUUGUACAACAUUUUAAAUGUAUUCAUUUUGUAUAUUACACUUACCACGAUUUGAGAGCUCAAUAAAUUGAAGAACAGUACGCCUUAUAUUUGGAGUAUUUGUUUUGGUUAGCUGGCUGGCUAGCCGAUAGCGUCACUUUCACACACAGCAACAAACGGGAGUGGGUGAGCACUGCUGCGCCAAGCCGCUUCUGACUGCAUUUUUGACACAAGAAAAAUAGCGAAUACCGUACUACGGUCUGACGGAAAAUUUUAGUGGUUUUGAAACCGCGACGUUUUCACACCACGGUAAACCGUGAAACCGGUAACCGGCACAUGCCUACUCGCGUUGUUAUGACACGCCCGUGACGAUCGAGUAAUGACGGCGACUAGUAGCGGUUCUUCUGAGGCAACCACGACCGUGAGUUGUGCUUGUCCAUAUUAUACCAUGCAUGCGGUCUCAAUCUAAGUGCACUGUGUGGUGAAUGACACCAGCGCAGCAUGUGAAGUAAAAGUUAAAUUAUUAUCCUGUCAAGCAAUGCAUUGAACUAGGCAUUAGAAGCCGAUUCUUGUGCUCGCGAUAGCUGAAUUCUAUCUCUACUAUCGGUUCAUUGAAUAUUUAAUGGCUAAUUACUGUCGAGUUGUAAGUUUACUAUCGAUACAGCUGUAUCUCUCACCUGUAAAACCAGAUAUCCUGUCGUAUCGGUUUAUCGUUCUCAACCUUAGUGUUAAUACUUUGUACAACCCCCUU